AUGAAAACAAACUUUUUUAGUGAGUGUUCAGAUUGGACACUUUUGAACUUCCUAAACUUUCGCCUGAAGGAAGAAAAUUGGACUGCCGAUAAAACAAUACGUAUACCAUCAAGCGAUAAAGUUCGUUAUUUUUGUAGGGCUGAAGCUAGAGGAGAACAGGUUUAUCGCUUUUGGGAUACCAUCCUCCAGGAGAAGCAGAAGUCAAAACUAACAGCCAUUGAGAACGAAAAGAUGAUUCUUCAAAAGAAGCAAGAUGUAUUGAUUGAACGCGUAGCAUUUCAACAUGCCGAGCUGUUGCAUACUACAGCACGGGAAGCUGGAGAGCAAUCGCAGAUGAUCCAGCAAGAAAUUACCGAAGUAAUACGCAAUCGGAAACCUAAUAAUUACGACGAAGAUAUUUUUCAACCCACUAAUAAAGAAUCGGCUGUCUCGACUGUUUCAAAGAAGGUUAAAUCCUUCAGCGAGGAUAGAGUCGAAGGAUCUACAUUAUAUUAUAAUACGUCAUCAUCAUCAAGUAAUGGUUAUGAUAGUCCACGUACUCCGCCUCGUCAAAUACAGCAGUCUACAUCAAGGAAUCAAGACUUAAUUAGAAGAUUAGGAGAAGCGAAAUCGCGAGUCAAAUCACAAAUAGAACCGAUUUGUUCGAAUAUAAUUGACACCACAAAUAAACACUUAAUGGAAAGACUGCAACUUGAUCAUGAUUAUCAUUGGGAGACUAUCAUUAAUGAUGCGACCAAAUAUAUUGAUGAACUGAUUGAGAGUGUAGGGUUCAAGGACUUUUAUGAGUUGUCUUUAUUUGAAGCUCCACGAAAUCCGCUUCUUGAUAAAAAUUCCGAAGGUUGGAUCAACUGCCAUCUUUUGGCAUUACUGAUCGAUGAUUGUUUCCUAACGUGUGAGGAGAUCCAAGUUCACCGCUGUGAAGAAAUGUCUCUUGCCUCAAUUAUGCGCAAAAACAUACCAAGAGAGGAGUCAGAAAAGAAGAAAUCAGAACACAAAAUUGAUAUUAUUUUUCGUAUAGAUGAUAUGGAGUAUUUUGGCGCAGAAACUUUCACUGACGAAGAUUUUCAUAAUUCGAAGCCAAUUUCUUACAAACAUAAAUUAUUUAGGGAAAUGAAAGAUCAGUUAGAUUGUCUACUAAAGAAAUUGAAAUUCACGAAAGAAAUGAUCAAGAUGGUGAAAAAUAUUGUUCUGCAUGGAAUAUCCCACGGAGGUUAUAAUGGUACAAUGUACUCUAUGUACUAUGAUGUGGACAUCAGAUAUUAUUAUGUGUUUGAGUCAUGCCAAUAUCGAAUCGGAACAAUAUUAAAAAGUAAUAAUAUAAUUGGUGUCCUUGAGGUUGUUGAUAAAUCAACUCGCGCUAUGUGA